CAACCUCUCGCUUGGCGUUUCUGCACAGCACAGUCAUCUUGGUUGCAGAAAGUUUUGUAUAACUUUGUAUAACUUCGGAAGAAUUGGUUUUUUUUGAAUACCGGAAAGAUUUCUAGGAUUAGCUCAAGAUGACCGUUGCAGCCAAGGCGCCUGAACCUCAGCCCGAGGAGAUGUCUGAAGAAGACAAGAGGCUUCAGGAAGAGUUAAAUCUUCUUGUGGAGAAGAUAACAGGCCCUGAAGUCAUGUUACAUUCCCAAGCUUUGGAAACUAUGCGAGAGCUUAUCCGUAGUUCGACAACAAGUAUGACUUCAGUCCCAAUGCCACUGAAGUUCCUCCGCGCUCAUUACAACUCAUUGAAAGAAGCCCAGAAUAACAUGAAAGACGCCAGGGCAAAAGAGCUUUGUGCAAGCAUAGUCUCUGUUCUUGCGAUGGGACAGGACUUACCUGGUGCACGAGAGUGUCUGAAGUACUGCUUAUUGGCCAAGCAGAAAGACGUCGGUGAUUGGGGCCACGAAUACGUACGGCAAUUAGAAGGUGAAAUUGCCGAUGAAUGGUCGACGACUGAAGACAAGAAAAGUUUAUUGGGUCUGGUCGAGAGUAUCAUCAAAUUCGAUAUGGAACACAAUGCAGAAAUCCAAGCUUGCGAUCUUCUUAUGGAGAUAGACCGCCUCGACAUGCUUGAUGCACACAUGGAUGCUGGAAACUAUUCCCGAGUCUGUUUAUAUCUUGUAAAUUGUGCGGUUUAUGUUGAGGAGCCUGAGAGGGGUAAUAUUGUAAGUGGAGUUAUGAAACAUUAUUUAAGAUUUAAAGAAUACCCACGUGCUCUUUGCCUUGCUAUGCAACUCAAUAAACCAGACCUCAUGAUUGAAAUAUUUAACAAAUGUGAAGACCCGCUUGUUCGAAAACAGCUUGCUUUCAUGGUGGGCAGACAACAAUUAAGUCUCGAGUUGAGCAAUGACCUCCCCGACAAAUCCGACCUUACAAACAUUAUGUCAAAUGCUCACGUCAACGAUCAUUUCCACAGCCUUGCCAGAGAGUUGGACAUAAUGGAGCCGAAGACGCCAGAAGAAGUUUACAAGACUUGGCUAGAAGGACUUGUCCUAAGGCCCACGUACAACUUGGACGUUCCAGUCGAUUCAGCGAGACACAAUCUUGCUUCGACAUUUGUCAAUGCAUUCGUAAACGCUGGUUUUUCAAGGGAUAAACUUGUUUCUGCCGAUGAUGGAAAUAAGUGGAUGUAUAAGAACAAACAGCAUGGAAUGUUAAGCGCAGCAGCUUCAUUAGGUCUUAUUCACCUUUGGGAUGUCGACGGUGGCUUAACUCCCAUCGAUAAAUAUUUAUAUACUUCAGAAGAUUACAUUAAGAGUGGAGCACUUUUAGCACUUGGAAUUGUUAACUGUGGUGUGAGGAAUGACUGUGAUCCUGCCUUGGCUUUGCUAUCUGAUUAUGUACUUCAUGAAAGUGUUAUUCUUCGAAUUGGUGCCGUUCUUGGACUGGGUCUUGCAUAUGUUGGAACAAAGCGACAGGAUGCAAUCACCCUUCUUCUGCCUGUACUCUCUGAUCCGAAAUCUACCCCAGAAGUAGUAGCAAUGGCCGCCCUGGCCUGCGCUCUUGUUACACUGGGCACCCCACAUCCCGAUGUCGUCUCGACCAUCCUUCAGACCCUUUUGGACCUGCCUGUUGCUGAGCUGACCGAUGGCCACUACUCGAAGUUCCUCCCGCUGGCCUUGGGCCUGUGCUAUUUGGGCCAAAAGGAGGGCACCGAAGCGACGAAGGCCGCUUUAGACGCACUCCCGGAACCUCUAAGGUCCCUAUCUCAGCACAUGCUGAAAAUGUGUGUUUACGCUGGAACUGGUGACGUUCUCAUCAUACAGGAACAGCUUCAAGUCUGCAGUGAACAUUUCCCAACACCGGAGGAAAAGAAGGAAAGCGAAAGCAAGAAAGAUAAAGAUAAUAAGGAUAAAGAUGAUGGAAAAAGCAAGGUUAAGGAUAUGACUUGCAUGCAAGCUGUAGCUGCCUUAUCAGUUGCGGUUAUUGCUAUGGGAGAAGAGACUGGGUCAGAAAUGGCAACUAGAAUAUUCGCUCAACUUGGUCGUUAUGGUGAACCUGCUGUCAGGAGAGCUGUUCCUCUAGCCAUUGCUCUAUCUUCAAUCUCAAACCCUCAGCUUGCUGUAAUUGAUGUCUUAAACAAAUAUUCACACGAUUUGGAUGAGGAAGUAGCACACAAUGCUAUAUUUUCAAUGGGUUUGGUCGGAGCUGGCACAAACAACGCAAGGUUGGCCACGAUGUUGAGACAGCUUGCACAAUACCACGCUAAAAACACAGGCCACCUUUUUAUGGUGAGAAUCGCCCAAGGUUUGACACAUCUUGGCAAAGGUACUCUUUCACUCUCACCUUUCCACACAGACAGGCAAGUCAUGAAUUACUCUGCAGUCGCUGGACUACUUAUUACCCUUGUUUCAUUCCUCGACACAAAAACGAUUAUGUUGGGCAAGUCUCACUACUUACUUUAUACCCUCGCCACUGCUAUGUACCCAAGGUGGUUGGUCACUCUUGACGAACAACUCGAACCACUCCCAGUCUCCGUCAGGGUUGGCCAGGCGGUUGAUGUCAUUGGAAAAGCGGGUACUCCCAAGACAAUCGCUGGUGUACACACCCACACGACACCGGUGCUUCUAGCGGUCGGGGAACGAGCUGAACUGGCUACAGAAGAUUACCAGCCUCUAACCCCAGUCAUGGAGGGCUUUGUCAUACUCAGGAAGAAGCCAGAAACAUAAGAUGCUCUGUGUGGUCUAACAAAAUUUAAAUAAGUUAAAAAAAUAUAUGUUUAUU